GCUCGGCUGUCCCUCAGUCCAUUGCCUGCCAGGGACCCAAAGCUGCUCUGGGCACCCCAGGUCCUCCCUCCCCACCCGGGCGCCGGCAGCUGACCUCUGACUCCUGACCUCUGGCCCCACCUGCCCGCCCUGAGCUGCCCUGGGUCAGGGGACCUGGUGGUCGCGCACCCAGAGGACGGAGGCUGCGCGGGCUCGGCCCUCGCCCCGCCGGGCCCAGCAUGGCGCGGCGGCUGCAGGAUGAGCUGGCCGCCUUCUUCUUCGAGUACGACACCCCCCGCAUGGUGCUCGUGCGCAACAAGAAGGUGGGCGUCAUCUUCCGGCUGAUCCAGCUCGUGGUCCUGGUCUACGUGAUCGGGUGGGUCUUCUUCUACGAGAAGGGCUACCAGACCUCGAGCGGCCUCAUCAGCAGCGUGUCUGUGAAACUCAAGGGUCUGGCUGUGACGCAGCUGCCGGGCCUGGGCCCCCAGGUCUGGGACGUGGCUGACUACGUCUUCCCAGCCCAGGGGGACAGCUCCUUCGUGGUCAUGACCAAUUUCAUCGUGACCCCCCAUCAGGCCCAAGGCUACUGUGCAGAGGUGAGGCCGCCGACCAUCCCUCCUCCUUCACCCCGAGGGGAAAGUCACAUGGAAGGAGAGGUCCCCUGGGCACUGGAGCAUCCGGAAGGGGGCAUCUGCAAGGAUGAUAGUGGCUGCACUCCAGGGAAGGCGGAAAGAAAGGCCCAAGGCAUCCGCACAGGCAAGUGUGUGGCCUUCAAUAACACCGUGAAGACGUGUGAGAUCUUUGGCUGGUGCCCCGUGGAAGUAGAUGAUAGCGUCCCACGCCCUGCCCUUCUCCGAGAGGCCGAGAACUUCACGCUCUUCAUCAAGAACAGCAUCAGCUUUCCACGCUUCGGGACCAACAGGAGCAACCUGGUGGAAGCGGUGGAUGCCAAAUACCUGAAGACGUGCCUCUUCCACAAGAUCUCUCACCCGCUGUGCCCUAUCUUCAAUCUCGGCUACGUGGUGCGGGAGUCGGGGCAUAUUUUCAACACCCUGGCUGAGAAGGGUGGGGCGAUAGGCAUCACCAUCGACUGGAACUGCGACCUGGACUGGCGUGUGCGGCACUGCAAGCCCGUCUACCAGUUCCACAAGCUCAAUGAAGAGAAAGACCUGGCUCCAGGCUUCAACUUCAGGUUUGCCAAGUACUUCGUGGAGAAUGGGACCAACUACCGGCAUCUCUUCAAGGUGUUUGGGAUUCGCUUCGACAUCCUCGUGGACGGCAAGGCUGGGAAGUUUGACAUCAUCCCCACAAUGACUACCAUCGGCUCCGGGAUUGGCAUCUUCGGGGUGGCCACGGUUCUCUGUGACCUGCUGCUGCUCCACAUCCUGCCCAAGAGGCACUACUACAAGCAGAAGAAGUUCAAGUACGCGGAGGACAUGGGGCCCGAGGCGCGGGAGCGGGACCCCGCGGCCACCAGCUCCACCCUGGGCCUGCAGGAGAACAUGAAGACGUCCUGACCUCAGCCCCCGCUCCUGACUGGACGCAGCCUGAGGCUUCGGGCAGGGCCCUGGUGGGGUCCCAGCCAGGGUAGAGGGGUCUCCUCUGGGGCUCGCCUGCCCGCCCAGCCAGAAAGACACCAGUGUGCCAGCAGCUCAGGGGGGACGCCGGGAGAGACCUGCGCAACUCUGAGCUUUGGCUCCAACUCUGCACCCCGCCAAGCGCACCUCACCCAGCCUCAGCCUCUCCGGGCGCGGAGGAGGUGCUGGUGCUGGGUCGCCCUCGCACACUCCUCAGCUGGAGCUUCGUGCUUCUCGCUCUGGGUCCACCCAUCCCACUCUCUAGGCCCGUGCUCUCCCAUACGACACCCACUAGCCACCGUGACUAUUUGAAUUAAAAUGGAAUAAAAUAAAAAGCAGUUCCUCAGACCAGCCACAUUAUAACCACCAAGGAGACACGGGGCGGUGGCUGCCGUGUGAGACAGUACGGACAUUUCAGCACCACAGAGAGUUCUCUGGGACAGCCCAGUUUCUCACGGGCUCGGGUUUCCGUGGGGAGCUUAUCAACCAUGCAGGCCCCUGGCCCACCCCAGACCCCCUGCACUGGGAUCUGCAAGGCGAGCAAACUCCCCAGGCCACUUUAAGGACCUUCGUUAAAAGGUUCCCGAUCAGGUAUCAGACUUAGCCUGGGCCUGCAGCGCCUGGCAGGUGCCGGUAGUGAGCAGGUGUGUGGUGUGCUCACAAGCCCCGCAGUGUGUCGUGCACGCGCCUUCAUGUGCACACUCACCUGAAUGCACACCCCCUUCUACCCACACUGUGUAUUUGAACAGCUUGGGCCUUGCAAACACAACCAUCUGAUCACACCCACACCCCCAAGCACAGACACCUGGUCCAUGCCAUGUCACCUCCGUGGGACAUGCUUCUCCCACGUGUGUCAGGCCAGGAUAGCCCUUCAGCCAUGAAUCCUUACUCAGCUACCUCUGGCCAGGUGGGAGCCUUGGCCAAACUCGGGGCUCCCUGCCUAUGGCCCAGCCCCAGCCCCCAAGGCCUGCCCAGCUCUGUCCGAACACAAGGUCUGGGGAAAGCGAGGGGUGAGUACAAUAAAAGGAAUGAGGACAAA